GUCUUCAUGCCUCACUAAUUGACAAAACUGGAGCUAAAAAACAAGGGGCAUUCAAGGACAUGAGAUGGGAUGAGGCAGGGGCACUUGGCGUCCUGAAUGACAUGCUGAUAAAUGAGAACAGUACAACUCCCUUUGGUAAAUCAACCAAGCUGUGGGAAGCUUCAGCAGAUGAUGAGGCUAAGUAUUGUGCAACAGCUCUUGGGGAGUUAGAAGAGUUACUUAAGAAGGAGGCGGAGACUAAAAUGUCACAGAGACGGAAAGCUGGUGAACUUCUUCCAGUCCUGCAGAAAAUCUCAGAGGGCCUUAAAGGUACAGCACAACUGGAGGGACUAAAGAAACAGAUUGAACAUCUGACUGAAGAGAAGGAAAAGUACCUCAAGGGCUUACGCGAUGCAGAGGAAAGGAACAAAGAGCUCCAAAACCACCAACAUGCCAUGUAUGAUGUGUUAAGAGAAAGAGACGAGCAACUUGCAAACCUUGAAGGUAUUCUGAAGGUAGCAAGGGCAUCAGAGAAAAAGUGGAAAGCACAAGCUCAGCAUCUUGAGGCUGAGAAUCAAGAAAAGAUGAUGAUGUUGGACAGAGCAGAACAGGACAAAAAGAAGCUAAAGGAUGAGCUGGAUGCUCUCAAGGCUAAGAUGAAGAAGAUGCAGGACGAGGAUGCCAGGGCUGAGGAAUGAACUGGAAGGUUAGGAGCUCUCGGAGUCAUCAAGAAUCCAACAAGAGAGAGAGAGAGAGCGCCGCUAGAGGCAUGAUUGAAUCACUGACAGGCUGAUGAAAUGUUUCUGUCACACUAUAUAUUAAGUGUAUACGACUUC